AGAACCGGUAAAAAAUUAGAAGAAAACCCUAAAUUCGUUAAAUCCGGUGAUGCUGCCAUUGUUAAAAUGGUUCCAUCUAAACCAAUGUCCGUUGAAGCUUUCACCGACUACCCACCAUUAGGUAGAUUCGCUGUCAGAGAUAUGAGACAAACCGUUGCUGUCGGUGUUAUCAAAGCUGUUGAAAAAUCCGACAAAGCUGGUAAAGUUACCAAAGCUGCCCAAAAAGCCGCUAAGAAAUAA